AUGGAGAAGGCGCAGGGUAAGGAAAUCGGUUCCGUCCUGCUGUACAUGGGCUCGCGCCACCAGCGCGAAGAGUACUGCUACGGCGAAGAGUGGGAAGCAUACCAGGCCGCGGGAGUCAUCACGCUGCUCGGCCGGGCUUUCAGCCGCGACCAGCCCCACAAGAUCUACAUCCAGGACCGCAUGCGCGAGACCCUCGACGACAUCGUCAAGGCCUACAUCAAGGAAGACGGCGCCUUUUACCUGUGCGGCCCGACAUGGCCCGUCCCCGACGUCACCAACGUGCUCGAGGAAGCCAUCGCCAAGGACGCAAAGGCGAACGGAGUCGCCAAGAAGCUCGACACGAGCCGCGAGAUCAUAAAGGUGAAGGGCGAAGGGCGAUACGUGCGCGGGGUGGACAAAAAAAAAAAAACAAAGCGUGCACGCGCGCGAUGUUUUUGA